CAAUACAAAUACUAUUACUAUGACUCUCACCCCUUUUCUUCUCAUCAUCUUCCUAUGAACCACUUCCCUUCCUUGCUCAACAACAUUCAAUCCAAUUUCCCCAUUCUCUUCCAUACCCAAUUCCAAUUCCCCCCUCAAAUCCAUCUCUCUCAAUUCCACCCCCUCAAAUUCCAAACCUUUCUCUCUCUAAACCCAAAACAACCCUAAAAAUCCAAUCUUUCUUCUCCAUUGAUCCCUAUCACAGAACCCUCUUCAGUUCUCACUUCAAACAUUCAGAAUCGCUUUCCCUUACUCAAAUUCGUUCCUCCAUCGUCAUUUCCCCUCUGGUUAAUCCUUCAAUUUCUCCAAAUUUCCAUCAAUGCGCACCGUUUCAUCGCAAUAGCGCAGAAAACCUAGCUUCUACUGUUAGGGCUUUUUCCAAUUUCGAUCUAUCAGCGAUUGGGCAUGGUGGGCAACGACGAUGCUGCUCACGCCGCCGCUCCGUGCCACCUCCCCACCUCCCGGAAGAUGUUCUGGCGGUCAGCGUCGUGGUCAUCUGCUCGCACAGCCGCCGCUGGGAACUCCUCCGGCGACUCAGAUAAGGGUUUUGCUGAUCCUGAUUCCGGCGGUGAUGCCGCGAGUCGGAGGUUCACUCAGCCGCCAUUGACGCCUCGAUCGCAGCAAAAUUGCAAGGCGCGGUCGUGCUUGCCGCCGCUGCAGCCGCUUUCGAUUGCUCGCCGGAGUCUCGAUGAGUGGCCGAAGGCGAGUUCUGAUGACAUUGGGGAGUGGCCGCAACCCCCCAUAACCCCUGGUGGGAGAGGUAACAAUAAUAGCAGUAGUAGUGGUGGUAACAAUGGGGAAAGGUUGAAACUUGAUUUAUCUUCUAUUCAGCAGAGCAACCCUGAUCAUAAGAAUAAUGGUGGGCUUGUGAAGAGGGAUAAGAUUGCAUUUUUUGAUAAGGAAUGUUCCAAAGUUGCUGAUCAUGUGUAUCUUGGUGGUGAUGCUGUUGCUAGGGAUAGGGAGAUUUUGAAGAAGAAUGGGAUAACUCAUGUUUUGAAUUGUGUUGGUUUUGUGUGUCCUGAGUACUUCAAAGCUGAUUUUGUGUAUAGGACUUUGUGGUUGCAGGAUAGUCCUUCUGAGGAUAUUACUAGUAUUUUGUAUGAUGUGUUUGAUUACUUUGAGGAUGUUAGGGAGCUGAAUGGGAGGGUGUUCGUGCAUUGUUGUCAAGGGGUGUCUAGGUCCACUUCAUUGGUCAUUGCUUACCUCAUGUGGAGGGAAGGGCAGAGUUUUGAGGAUGCUUUUCAGUUUGUGAAGGCAGCAAGAGGUAUUGCUGAUCCCAACAUGGGUUUUGCUUGCCAAUUGGUGCAGUGCCAGAAAAGAGUUCAUGCCUUCCCUCUCAGCCCUAGCUCUUUGCUGAGAAUGUAUAGAAUUGCUCCUCACUCCCCUUAUGAUCCCUUGCAUCUUGUCCCCAAAAUGUUGAGUGAUCCAUCUCCUGCUGCUCUGGACUCAAGGGGUGCAUUCAUAGUGCACAUUCCUUCUGCAAUAUAUGUUUGGAUUGGGAAAAAUUGUGAGGCCAUCAUGGAAAGGGAUGCCAGAGGGGCUGUGGGUCAGAUUGUCCGUUAUGAGAGAGUGCAAGGACCUACUAUAAUGAUCAAGGAAGGUGAGGAACCAGCUUACUUUUGGGAUGCUUUUUCCAAGUUUUUGCCUUUGAUGGACACAUCUGGGAAUAGAGUAGGAAGUAGCAGACCAGGUGUUAAAAUCUUUCCUGGUGAGAGGAAAGUAGACUCAUAUGAUGUUGAUUUUGAAGUUUUCAAAAGAGCUAUAACAGGAGGUUUUGUGCCUCCAUUUGCAUCAUCAGAGGAUGAGCAUGAAACCCAUCUUCCUGCAAGAGAGAGUAGUUGGAGUGCUUUAAGGGGUAAAGUUUCCUCCGCUAACACGAAGGAGUUUGUCUCAGCCCCUAAGUCAUCCAUUCCUCGGGUACAUUCAGAUUCCAUGUUGUAUAUUCAUACAUCAGCAAAGUCAUCUCCAUCCCCGUCAAUAUCAUUGUCGUCAUCAUCUUUAUCAUCAUAUUCUUCACCCUCUUUUGUCUCUUCAGAUUCCAUUUCUUCUGAGUCUAGCACUCGCUCAAAGUUUUUGCCAGCAUUGUCCCCAGAUUCUUCCUCUGUAGUUUUGAGUUCAUUUCCAGCAUCUACAUCUUUGUCUAACUUUUCUAAUUUGUCUCUCUCAUCAAAUACUACUUCUCAAGCAGUGUCAAACAGUAUAUCAAAUCCAUGCUCUCAGUCAACCUCUUUGCCAUUGAAGAAACCAUCAACUACUUCCCUUGCUGAACGCAGAGGUAGUUUGUCAAAAUCUUUGAAGUUGCCGCCAAUUAAUGAUAAGACGCGAGUGAGAGAUAAAUCAUCAACUUUGCAUGCUAGUCGGGAGCAUCCUGUUCUUGUUAACGGCAACUCUAGCCAUUCGCAACAAUCAGAUAGCAUAUAUUUUUAUUUUGAGUCCAACAAACAGGUUGAGGAUGGAGCAGUGGAUUCAAUUCAACAGUGUGAAGUGGCAUUAUGUCCAAGCAUUUUUGAUAGCAUAUAUGACAAGGAUUCUUCGUUUCUUGGGAACUGUGCUGAGCCUUUGAUAGAUAGUUCCUCAACAGAAGACUUAAAGUCUACAUCAUAUAGAGGAACUAAUAAGAAGGGGUUAACAAAAACUUUAGUAUUUCACUGGCCCAGUUUAGAAAAGAUUGAGAGAUUUGUUGCUGGUCAUUUGGAUUCUAAAGAUGCUUUUGUCAUAUUCUCGCCAAGUAUGAAUGUGCACACAGGAAACGUUUUGUAUUUUUGGGUAGGGAAGUCUUUCAAGAGUGAUGCUUCACAAGUUCAGUUGGAUAGUGAUGAACAGUAUGAUUUUCUUCAAGCUGUUGACUGGAAUCAAAUUGGUUCUGAACUCCUCACCCAGUUUAGUUUGCCAAAGAACACAAUCAUCAAGGUUGUUAAAGAGAAUGAAGAACCGCGAGAGUUUCUUUCUUUACUGAGUUCAUUGUAGCACAAAAGAAAGUAGGAUAAUCCUGUGUUCGAGUUUCUUGACCUUUCCUGCACCUGCAGCUGUCUCCCUAUGUUACAGAUUUUCAGACUCUAAUUGGAUUUCCCAUGGGAAAAUAACUCCAGCAAGGAGUUGCUGCUUAAGAAGUCAAUUGUAGCUUGGCUGAUUGUACAGUGCUUUGACACCCUCAACCUAGACAUUAAUAUUCAACAUACUGAUGUUUCUCAUGCUAUUUAAAAAACAAAUCAAUUCCUUCCCAGCUCUCUCUCUCCCUCCCUCCCUCUCCCUCUCCCUCUCUCCCCAGACAUGCUGAGAUGUAGUUUAAGAAAAGAACACAUAGUAUUAGUUGCAUAAUGUAAAUUACUGACAAUUACUUGUAUGAUAAGACACCUUGGGAAUUUUUUUUCUUACAAAUUUCCGUAUAAUGUUUUACGUGCUCAAUUGAUCUUAA